GUAGGCGUUUCUCCUUCAGCUCUUCAGGCUCAGAGUGAGCCCCCUUCCAGCCCCCACGUCUGUUAUUUUCCCCCAAGGAUCACCUCGCAGGUCUCCAGUGUUCUCAACGCCCUACAAAAAGCCCAGGUUCCGUCUUAUCCAUUUCCGCGGCUCCUCAUAUCCAUGCCCAGCAUCGCUGUCCGUUGUCAUUGGGCGCAUCGUAGAUUCCCAUCAUGGGCUGACUAG